GGAGAGAAUGUUGCCCUGAUCCUAGUAAUAACCUGUAGGUGAUCUCAUUAUUUCACAAGUUCAGAAGUCCCUUGAGUAAAUCUGAGCUAAAGCUACCGAGUCAGGACUCUUUGAGGAAGUCAUAGUUACUAUAACUGGGCAGAAUAAAAUGUAGCUAACACGUUGUAAAAUGUAAAUUUUAAAAAAUUACAUUGGCAUUCCCAACUCCACUUUUAAAAACUGACAUUUGAAACAGUUUUUCUAGUCAGAAUAGUCGGGAACAGAAGAAAUUUGGGGAGACUGCAUUUAGAUCAGCAAAAUAACUAGUCUUUCGUGUAAGACACAUCUAGUCUAACGUUAAAAAUAACCGUUACAUCAGGUCGAGCUCUCACUGCCUGAUCGGUAACUGUGCGCGUGCAGCGGAUGAUGUUGGUGGCUUUACCUCAGAAUAGUCUCCACAAAACUUCAGUGUCGACUUAAUGAGCGGGAUCGUUGAGUAUCACCCAUAAAUACAAGUCGGUGACAAACUUAACCAGCCGAUCUCCGGUUGAGAUAACAUACGAUUUUCCCUUCAGCAAAAUCAUCAGCUGACGCUUUAUAUUAGGUAUACUGAAAAUGGCAACAGCAGGACAGUUGCGACACAAGUCGGCGCAGGACACAGCCGAGUGGCUGAGCUUGUUUCAGAAUGAACUGGAGACGGAACAGCAGUCGGUGGUGUUCGUCAAGCGGAUGAUGGCUCUGGCGGUGUCCUGCAUCACCUACCUCCGAGGCAUAUUCCCGGAGGACGCCUAUAGAUCGCGUUAUCUGGAAGAUUUGUGCAUUAAAGUUUUGAGAGAGAACAGCUCCUCUCCUGGAGCCUGCAAGAUUGUCAAAUGGAUGAUGGGGUACUUCGAUGCGUUAGAGAAAGGAUAUCUACAGAUUGUGUUUAUCGGGGUACAUACUGAUCCCGGUGACCCAAAUCACAUCAUUGAAUCCUACCAGUUCAAGUUUAAAUACACAGAAGAUGGCCCGCAUAUGGAAAUUUUGAGGAACCGAAAUGAUGAAAUGAAGGUGACAAUGGAGGACACAAAGAAAGCAUCGGUGCUCCUGGUGCGCAAGCUCUUCCUGCUCAUGCAGAACCUGGAUGUCCUCCCCACUGAUGUCUGUCUCUCCAUGAAGCUCUAUUACUAUGAUGAGGUGACUCCGCCCGACUACGAGCCCCCGGGCUUCAGGCAGGGCCGGUGCGACACCCUGUGGUUCGACGGGACGGCGGUGCACUUUAAGGUGGGGGACGUGCAGACCCCCUUCCACACCAUGAAGGUGCAGGUGGCGGCGGAGCACGGCCGGGUGGCCGGGCUGCAGCAGGGGAGCCACCUGUGGGACAGCGCCCAGACUCGCCCAGGCCGGACCGCCAGCCGCACAGGGGCAGGGCAGCUCCCGCAGCCGGCGCACAGCUCGGCCACAAGGGGGCGCUGA